CAUUUACAAAGUUGAUAGUCCCGUUUAUUUGAAUGGGACUUUAUCUAAUCAACGAGCACUAAUGAAACUACUGUUCACUGUCACAAUGAGUUUGGAUUUUUUCGGUUAAAAUUAUGUGGUGUCAGUGUCGUUAAGGCAUCACGAGAGUUCAACAUGACGAGUAUGUUAGUGAGGUGUGGCAGCUGGCCCCAAUGGAUAGCAGCUAUUGAAAUCUUCAUGAUGGCGUUCGUCUGCGGUGUAGAAACCGGUUGGACAUCUCCAUCCCUAGCGAUCCUCCUGGACAACACCAGGACAUCAAUUCCCAUGACAAAAUCCCAAGGAUCAUGGGUGGCAUCACUCCUGAAUAUCGGUCGUGCUGUUGGUGGUCUAGUUGGUGCUGUUGAUCUUGAGUUAACCGGCAGCAAGACAUCCGCCCUUCACAUCGGAGUUGUCCAAGUGAUCAGCUUGGUCUGUCUAGCAGUGGCAGACACUGUCAGCUGGCUCUACGCAUCAAGAUUCAUCGGUGGAGUAGCAACUGGUAUGUUCUUCAUAUCAUUCCCCCUCUACAUCGGUGAGAUCUCCAAUCCAAGGAUUCGUGGUGCCCUAGUUGGUACCAUAGCCAACGGAAUGGCGAUUGGUUACGUCGUGGGUAACGUGACAGGUGCCUACAUGUCAAUCCCAUCAUUCGCGGUGUCAAUGCUAUCGGUAACUGUUCUGUUCCUGAUGACAUUCUACUGGCUCCCGAAGACAUCCCACCGUCUGGUGUUGACUGACAAAAUGGAGGAAGCAGCUGCGGCAAUCAGAUGGUACCAACGUGACGCCGACGUUCCAGUGGAGCUGGCUUCCCUCCAGAAGUUCGUCAAGGACAAGCAGUCGAUGACGAUCAAUCACCUGGUGACUGAGUUCCUCCUCCCCCACAACAGAAUCGCCCUCUUCAAGGUCAUCAUGGUGUACGUCCUGAUGCAGCUGAGUGGCCUCUACACCGUCGGCUUCUACAUGGAGAUCAUCCUGAAGAAGGGAGGGGUGACGAUCAUCGACCCUGCGAUGGCUGUCAUCAUCAUCAGCACCAUCGGCCUGGCAGGGGGGUGGGUCGCCAUGUGCACGAUUGACACCUUUGGACGGAAGCUCGUGCUGACGAUAUCAGCAACUGGACUCGCCGUCAGUCUCGUUGGAAUUGCCCUUCACUACCGGCUCCUCGAGGCCGGCUACGAUCCAAAUCAUCUCCAGUGGUUUAUCAUCACGUCUGUCAUCAUCCUCGAGUGCUUCAUCAACCUGGGGAUUGUCCCCAUCCCCAGCACGAUCCUGAGUGAGAUAUUCGCGCCGAACAUCAAGAGCUACUCGUCCUGCAUCGCGAAUAUUAUUUCCGGAUUGAUCGCCUUCGUCACGACCCAGAGUUAUCAAUUGAUGAUUGAUUCCAUUGAUUACAAUGUCUACUAUAUUUAUGCUCUGAUGAUGAUGCUGUUGGGGGUGUUCACGAUGACACAGCUGCCGGAGACGAAGGGUAAAUCGUUGCAGGAGAUUCAGAACAUGUUGAUGAGGAAAUGAGGUGGGGGUAACACGUGACGAUUGAUUGGGAUUCAAUCGUAAUUAAUUGACUCAUCAAUUAAUUACGAUUGGAUCCCGAAGGGAUUGACUCACCCGAGGAGAUUGACUCGCAACAAUCCCUUGACCUCAAUUUUUUUGGGACUUACCGACUGCCGGUAAUCACCCGACGUUCGAUAAUUAGGGACUUCUGGAGUUGAAUUAAUUAAUCUACUGUCGCCUAAUAAUUUUUCCAGUCGAAACAUUUAUUAUUCUGUGAUACCUCGCCCUGCAAUACCGACGGCCACCACUCCCCCCCCUCUCCUCAUCCC